AUGGUGACUCGAUCCGGAGCGAACGGAGAGAGGAACCACAUCCCUCAGGAUAAUGUUCCUCCUGAUGUUCUUCAGCGGAUUAUGGAUGAUCUUAAUGAUCUUCGUCAACACAACCAAGAGUUACAAAAUCAACUCAAUGAUCUCAAUCAGACUCAGGGGCAACGUGAGGGAGAUCAAGGAAUGGCUGAGACGGUGGACCAUUUGGUGUAUUUUAACACGAAGAUGGUUAUUGUGGGGGCUUCAGAUGCAUUGAAGUGCAAGAUGCUUCCAUCAACUUUCAAGAAGUCAGCAAUGAUCUGGUUUACAACUUUGCCUUCAAGAUCAAUUGUGAAUUUCACAAAAUUGUCGGCGAAGUUCUUGUCUCAGUUUUCAACUAGCCGCGCUCAGAAGAUGCCAAAAAUUUGCAUCGCUGCUUUUGAAUUAGGUUUGAGGCCUGGAAGUUUAAACAACAACUUAAGCAGGAAGCCGGUGGAAACAAUGGCGCAAUUACGUGUUAGAGUUCAAGGAUUCAUCAGGGAGGAGCAAAGUGACCAAGUCAAGAAGAACCGUCCAAAUGCAGCGGUUACAGGGCAGCAACAGCAGUUUGAGGCGAAGAGAGGAGCGGUUACUGAUCAGCGUUCAAGGGGAUUGACCGAACGUGGAGACGAAGGAUACAAUAAUCGGAACCGUUAUGAUAAUCGAUAUGAUAACCGUUCCAACUUUAAGCAUCGUGCUCAACCGUUCGGUACUCGUGGGUAUGGACAUUCAAUGAUGUGGACUUGGAAUCAAAAUGAUCGUGCUACACCUUUGGCGAUUAACUUAACCGAAGCUUUACACACGUGUUUAGAGGCGAAUGUAAUUCGUUUUCCUCGACAACCAAAACAGCCAACAGGCCACGUGGAUAAAACAAAAUGGUGUGAGUACCAUAGAAUUUCAGGACACAACAUUGAUGACUGUUUCACUUUGCGGAAGGAGAUAGAAAAAUUGAUAAAGGCUGGAUGCAUGAAACAAUUAGAGGGGCGAAACAAUUCUGAUGAGGCGGAGACUUCAACAAAACGUAACGAUGAGGGAAAGGAGAUUGAGAGCGAAGGGCAGAACAAGCAUUGGGCAAUCAACCAGCCCGAUAUUACUUUUACUGUGCGAGAUUUUGAGAGAGUUCAGCCUCACGAAGACGACCCAAUUGUGGUAAUGCUGAGAAUUGUUGAAUAUGAAAUUGAGAGGGUGUUGUUGGAUCAAGGAAGUUCGGCGGAUUUUAUUUAUGGUGAUGCUUUUGAAAAAUUGGGGCUGACCGAAUCUGAUCUGUUACCUUAUGAUGUCAAAUGUACUUCGCUGUACAAUGUGCUCAUCGGGAGGCCUUCAUUAAACAGACUUGGGGCGAUCAUUUCCACAAGGCAUUUAACAACCAAGUAUCCGUUAAGCAAGGGAGGAGUUGGAGUUUUAAAGGUUGAUCAAGUUGUAGCUAAAAAGUGCUAUUCUGAAAGCUUUAAACAGUAUGGUCAUUUGGGAAAGAAAGUUGUGAAGGAAGGACAUCGAGUGUAUGAGGUCAAUAUGAAUCAAGAUGAAGCAAGUUUGGAUCCUCGUGAUGGAUUUUUGGAUCACAAGAUGACUUCAGAAGAGGAAACUAAAGUUGUGGCGAUUGGUGAGUGA